UGACCCUUGAACUCGCCCGCCCUUUCCUUUUCCUCUUCCGGGGACGGUGCUUAGAGGCACUCAGAAUGGUCCAGCGUUUGACAUACCGUCGUAGGCUUUCCUACAACACAGCCUCUAACAAGACUAGGCUGUCUCGAACCCCUGGCAACAGGAUUGUUUACCUUUAUACCAAGAAGGUUGGAAAAGCACCUAAAUCGGCAUGUGGUGUGUGCCCAGGCAGGCUUCGAGGGGUUCGUGCUGUGAGACCGAAAGUCCUUAUGAGGUUGUCUAAGACCAAGAAGCAUGUCAGCAGGGCCUAUGGUGGGUCCAUGUGUGCCAAGUGUGUCCGUGACAGGAUCAAGCGGGCUUUCCUUAUUGAGGAGCAGAAAAUUGUUGUGAAGGUGUUGAAGGCACAAGCACAGAGUCAGAAAGCGAAAUAAAUAUGCAGCUUUUUUAAAUAAUAAAGGUCAAGGCUUGGUCUGUG